CGUGGAUACCUUUCGAACUUCAUUGCUGAAGCUCGGUGGAGUGCGCCGUUCCGCGUGCGUCUUACCCUGUAUAAGAUUUACAUUUUUAUGACAAAUGUUUUAUGCGCUUUUGUGUAGAACACUCGCUCAUCGGAUCGAGUAAUUGCGAGUAUGAGACUACAUUACCGGUUCUCUGCUAUCACCUGCGCGAAAGUGACUCCUCAAGAAUUCCUUUCGCACGACUAGCUUUGUCGUGCUGAAAUUCCAAUUCUAAGUUCCGUUUACUUCCAGAUUUCAGGCAGCACAAUGGUGGAAGGCGCAGCGUUCAGUAUUGCCAGAAAUAUCACCAAUGGCAUCAUUCUACAAGUAUGCGAUCUCCAAAAGUUGGAUAAGAAAAAGGAAAAGAAGAUUGAAAAGAAAGAAAAAGGUUAUCGGAAAAAUGAACCGUCAUUCUUCACAAUGUUUGCUUCAGAAUUCCUGGGUACAGCCUUACUGCUCUUCCUCGGUUGUAUGGGGUGCAUCACACAAGUAGACAACCCUGCGCCUACCCAUCAUAUGUCUGCCCUAGCUUUCGGUUUUGUUAUUUUACUUAUUAUACAGACGUUCGGCCACAUUUCUGGUGCCCAUCUGAAUCCUGCAGUAACUAUAGCGGCUGUGAUACACAAAAUUAUGAACUUCCAAACGGCGAUUGCAUAUAUCGCUGGACAAUUCCUAGGAGCCACUCUUGGAUUUGCAUUGCUGAAGGCGUUAGCUCCUGCCGAGUAUGUCGGAGAUGGUUUCUGUAUGACGUUGCCUCACGAAAAGAUAACCACCUUACAAGCGAUGGCCAUCGAACUGGUGAUAACCACGACAUUGAUCAUCGUCGUGUGCGCUGUGUGGGACAAAAGGAACGCCCACAAUACAGACUCAACACCCAUAAGAUUCGCAUUGGUCGUCGUGGGAAUAUCCAUGGCAGCGGGUCCACUAACGGGUGCUAGCAUGAACACGGCAAGAACAUUCGGGCCAGCCUUGAUCUAUGGCAAUUUUAAGGAUCAGUGGAUUUACUGGAUAGCCCCCAAUAUGGGAGCCAUCUUAGGCUGUGGAAUCUAUAAGUACCUGUUUGCUCUUAUCGAAAAAGAAGAAGAGACAGAUUCUGAAGAAGUACAAGUUCAUUUGGAGGAAGUGAAACAAGAAAAAUGCUAAUCGGAAAUAAAUCACUGUCAAUAGUCUGAACUAUUUAUUAUUGUACAUAGUGCGAAUAUUUAUUUUUUAUAAAGAUAACUUUUUUAUAUAAAUAUUUGUAGAUUUA